AUCUGAUCUCCAUUGACUGAUGAAGAGACAGAACCAAAGCGUGAUCACGGAGUUUAUCCUGAUAGGCUUCUCCAACCUGGGGGACCUGCAGAUCCUGCUUUUCUUUAUCUUCUUAAUAGUCUACCUGAGCACUCUGAUGGCCAAUGCCACCAUCAUGACCGUCAUUCGCCUGGACAGGACUUUGCACACGGCCAUGUAUUUCUUUCUGUUUGUCCUUUCCUGCUCUGAAACCUGCUACACCUUGGUCAUCGUGCCUAAAAUGCUAAGCAACUUGCUGGCCACCGUUCCCAGUAUUUCCUUCGCGGGCUGUGCCGCCCAGCUCUAUUUCUUUGUGGGCUUGGCUUGCACCAACUGUUUCCUCAUUGCCGUGAUGGGCUACGACCGCUACGUCGCCAUCUGCAACCCUCUCAACUACACCCUCAUCGUGAGCCGGGCCACCUGCGGGCACCUGGUGCUGGCCUCCAGCCUUUGCGGUUUCCUGAUCUCGGUGGUGGUCAACCUCCUGGUGUUCAGCGUGCCCUUCUGUGCCUCCAAUCGGAUCGACCACUUCUUCUGUGACAUCUUCCCCGUCCUAAAACUGGGCUGCACAGACACCAACCUGAAGGAGAUGGCCAUCUUCUUGCUCAGCAUCCUGGUGCUGCUGGUCCCCUUCGUCUUGAUCUUCGUCUCCUACGUCUUCAUCGUCUCCACCAUCCUCAGGAUCUCCUCGGUGGAGGGGCAGCGCAAAGCCUUCGCCACCUGCGCCUCUCACCUCACCGUGGUGGUCAUCCACUACGGCUGCGCGUCCUUUAUCUACCUGAGGCCCACCUCCCUGUAUUCCUCAGACAAGGACUCGCUGGUGGCAGUGACUUAUACCGUCAUCACCCCACUGCUCAACCCUGUCGUCUACACACUCAGAAAUAAGGAAGUGAAGACGGCCCUGAGAAAGGUUCUGAGCAGAUACUCAUUUCCCAAAGCUGUGUGAAGGGGCUGAUGCGUCAGGAAACCAUGUCCACCCAAGUGUCCUGGGGAUACCUGUCCUUUUUUUUUUUUUUUUGUUCUAGGACUCUUUGUCCCAAAAGGGGAAAUAUAAGGACUCAGAUCAUCUUGAUUCUUUUUUAUUGGAGAUUUCUUCUUCCUGGUGAACUGUCCCUGGUGUGGACGUUAUACCAGUCAGUCUCCAGAUGUCAUAGAAACUCUCAAAGAGUGAAGCCACGCUGUUUCCAAGCACUGAAAUGUCAGUUUUCUAGGAUCAACACUGCCAAUGCUGCGUUAUGUCUUUGUGAAUGUUCCCAAUGAUGAGA